GUGAAGACGAGCGACAAGGACGUCAAGAUGAAGGCCGUGCUGCUGGGGGCCUGCUUCCUCAUCGAUUACAUGUUCUUCGAGAGAGCGGGCAAGACCGGCCAAAGGAGCACGGUGCUGAGUUACCCCCAGGCUACUUAACCCUCCGCCCCCCCCCCAGUCCCCACCCCGGGAUUCAACAUCUACCCCUCCUCCAAUCUGGACGUGGGGCAGCUGCUCCAGCCCCAGUCCCUGCCCCAGGCAUAUGGGGACCCCGCCGCACAGCACCCCCACUCGGCCAUCAUGCCGUUGCUGCCCAUGUCCACCGGCAUCCCCCCGGGGUGGGAUUAUCGAAUGCAGAUCGACCAGGUUCUGAUCCAGCAGAAAGUGGAGCUGGUGGAAGCUGGCAUCGGCUUCGAGACCGCCAACAAGUACGAGUUGCGGGACGGGCUGGGCCGGCGGCUCUUCGAGGCCAAGGAGCAGAGCGACUGCUGCACACGCAACUGCUGCGGGUCCCUGCGGCGCCUCCGGCUGAGCGUGGCCGAGCCGGGGGGCCGCCCCGUGCUGCGCCUCCUGCGCCCCCUCAAGUGCGCCACCUGCUGGUGCCCCUGCUGCCUGCAGGAGCUGGAGGUGCAGUGCCCUCCGGGCACCACCAUCAGGCACGUGGUGCAGAAAUGGCACCUCUUCACUCCCAAGUUCUCCGUCCAGAACGCCGAGAAGUGGACGGUGCUGCGCGUGCUGGGGCCCUGCUGCGUCUUUCGCUGCUGGGGGGAUGUCAACUUUGAG